AUGGUUGGGUUUCAACCUACCGAGAUACCACCCACAUUGGGUAUGAAAUUUAUCAGUGCCGGCCUGGCAGCAUGUAUUGCUGACGCAGGAACGUUUCCCUUGGACACAGCAAAAGUACGACUACAGAUUCAAGGUGAGAGUUCUUCGGCUCAGAAGCAGGGUUUCUCCUUUUCCAAAGCCAAAGAAGAGAAAGCUAAAUUCAAGUACCGUGGAAUCUUCGGCACUAUCACCACCAUCAUACGACAGGAGGGGCCUCGCAGCCUGUACAACGGUCUGGUACCCGGACUGCAGCGGCAAAUGUGCUUCGCAUCGGUCCGGAUCGGACUGUACGAUUCAGUGAAGCAGUUGUACACAGGUAGACACUUCGGCAACUCCGGUGGGUUUAUUCUAGUCCUUGUUCUCUGUCAUCAUUGCGCUUGA